GCCAGAGAUAGAAGCUAACUGUGAAGACUGUUGAUAUCUUGGCUAGGAUUCACAAUUAAUACUUAUAUUACUAUGCAUCUUCACCCAUGAACAAUCAAUGAAAAGUAUAAGUUAGUUGUUAUAGGAACAGCGUCGACAAGAACAACACAUUUUAUGACAUAAAAACUAUUAAUGGAUCGAUUAAGAAUAAUUGACACUCUAAAAGUGAAAAGGCAUGGUAAAAAUAUUAUCAAGAACGUAUUCCAAAAGGCCCUUGCCAGUUACAGUUUCUCCCUUAUUCCAUGAAUGCGAGUGAGAGUAGCAGUGAAGUCCCAACUGAAUUAGUGAGGCCAAGUCUGUUCGUUCCCCCAGCAGGAAUCCUAAUCUUAGCAAUUGUUGGUUAUUUGUUCUUGGUGAUGAUUGCCUUGUUAGUCAGACAACGGUUACUUGCUCGAGGGUUUUGUGGAGAAGGAUGUAAAGAUGAAUCUUGUGAUUGUUGCUAUUGGUGUCGUACCUGUGCUGAAACCUGCGAUUGUUCUGUUCCUAGUGUGGAUCAGUGUUUAGAUGUUCUCUGUCCAAAGAAAGAGAAACUAAACUGCUCAUGCCCAAGUUGUCCAACUGCCAAUCCACGAUGUUGCCUGCCUCCUAGUUGUGAUUGUGGGAAUUGCAACAUUACUUGUGAACCUCAGUGUGAUAGCUUCAACUGUUUAUGUUGUACAGUAUCUUUCAAGUAAUGUCCUGACUGAUUUUAUCCAUCCGUCCUGUUAGUUUUAACUUGCCAAGUGGAAGGACGAAGCUGAAGAAUAAACAGCUGUGUUCCAACCUUAACAGCUUAUACUUGUAUAUAAAGUUUGUAUUGUACUUUAGUGUAAAGUACAUAUUAAUCCUGUUUAAUCAGGCCUGACAGAUGUACACUACAGCAUGAAGAUAAAUGUUGGAUAUAAAAAAUGUCGAUGUUUUAUUACAGAAGUAAAAGUUGGCAGUAUUCGCAUCACUCUGUCUGUGUUUUUGUGGAUGAAAGCAAAAUGUAUCAUCAAUUCAGAUGGCUUGAUACCUUACCUGUAGUUCUGUUUUUUCAUAGAAGAAACGUAACAAGUUUAAUUAUGUUGGUAGAUUCACUCGUAUGUCUCACUGUAGUAUUUGUUAGUGUUGCUGAAAUUAUGUUUUUGUGUUUCGAUUUUUCAAUUUUAGGUAUAUUGUUAAAGGAAGUAAAAAAAAAAAAGUUUGUAAUUUAUAUUUUUCUUGAAAGUUGAAGGAUAGUACCUGUGUGUCUAUUUUAAAUUUAUAUGAACGUUUUUUGUUACUUGUUAAAUAGAUAUUACUUGUUCAAACAAAUUUUCCCAAAACAGGAUAACUUAUUUUUGUCCCAUCACUCGGGUCUGCCGUUCGAUAUUGUAAGGAACGUAAAGAUCUUGAACAAUUUGCAUAUUUAAUUGGUUUAUAAUACUAAGCCUAUUUCGAGUAUUAUAAUAGCAACAAGAUAUUUCCAUGAUAACUUAAUUUGUAACAUUCAAUAAUCUUGUAGCUAAUAGUUUUAACCUUGAAGGUUAACAUCAAACAUUCCUAUUAUAUUUGGAAUUCUGUACUACAAAUGUGUUAAAACCUAAUACGGUAAUAUUAACUGUAUCUCUGUAUGGAUAAUGUGUUAGUAUUCUUGUCAAGUUGUAAUAUUUCUUAUUCAGGAAGCCUCACAAUAUACUCAUUUCUGUCUUAGCACAAGGUCUUGUUUCACAGUAUGAAAUAUUUUGUACAGAUUCUCUUGAGUAUAUUACAUAAACAGCAGAGUGGGCCGAGUGUUAGUAUUAUUGGCAAGUUUUAUCAUUUUCUAUGCAGUGAGAGUAAAAUAUACUCAUUUCUGUCUUAGCACAAGGUGUUGUGAGGCCCUGGUGCUCGACCUGCCAGAUAAAAAUCCAUCACCGAACAUGCUCGCCAGUUUAGUUAUGGGCUUAAAAUGUGAUAGUCAAUCUCACUAUUCAUUGUUAAGGAGUGGUUGGUGGUGGUGACUGACUGCAUUUCCUCUAGGGAUGGCCAGUAGAGGUAGCUUGGAGUGAAAAUUGAUAAAAUUAGGAAUGGCCAGUACAGAUAGUUUGGAGUGAAAAUUGAUAAAAUUAGGAAUGACCAUUACAAAUAAUUUGGAGUGAAAAUUGAUAAAAUUAGGAAUGACCAUUACAAAUAAUUUGGAGUGAAAAUUGAUA